CGAUGUGUACUUCAGUCUGUAACGCGAACCGAGCGGGAGCGCGCGUCUGCAUAUUCAAUAUGAAGACCGCACUUGUUUUGUUUACUGUUGUCAUAAUAUCACAAUGCUGCGAAUCGCGGUGGCUGCCACAAGACCUCAUCGAAACUGUCUUUAACAAAACAUCGCAAAUAUCCAACUAUGUCAAACAGAAAGGAAGAAGUAUCAGGCACUUUUACGACGAAAAUAUACGCCGGCCGGUAACAUAUUUAGUUGGAAAUGAUAAAAACGAUAAAAAAUAUAUUUCACGAAAUGGAGACAGCACUGAGGACUUUAAAAAUUACAUCGAUAAAGCCCAAGCCAAUCAAGAACAGGUGUUCGAUGCCAUCGCACCUAAGAACCCAAAAGUCAAAUGUAUAGCUGAUAAUCCCGCAAUACAUAUGACCACACCCCAACUUUUGGCCCUUUAUGGAUAUGUAGCAGAAUCUCACACGGUCGUCACUGAAGAUGGUUACAUAUUAACUAUUCAUAGGAUACCAUUCUCGAAAAAUUCCAAAGUAGGUGUUCCUCGUAAAACUGUGUUACUUCACCAUGGCCUGUUAGGUAGCUCUGCUGAUUGGAUACUGCCUGGACCGGAGAAAGGACUCGGGUUCAUACUAUCAGAAGCUGGGUAUGAUGUUUGGAUGGCAAAUGUCAGGGGAAACACGUAUUCCCGAGCGCACAUAUCGAAAAACGUGGACACGUUCGCCUUUUGGAAUUUUACUUUUCACGAAGUGAGUCAACACGAUCUGCCUGCAGUUAUUGAUUAUAUUAUGGAGAUCAAAGGCUGGGAUGUGAAAAUAAAUUAUAUCGGCCAUUCAAUGGGAACAACCGUGUUAUUUGCAUUAUUAUCAACUAAAACACAAUAUAACAAAGUUUUGAGAGCGGGUUUCGCCCUAGCACCCGUGGCCUACAUGACAGACAUAAAAAGCCCGAUAAGACUACUGGCUAGAUACAGUGAUAACCUGGAGUUUUUGUUAAAGUUGCUCGGAGCGAACGAGUUUUUGCCACAAAACGCUGUGCUUAGAUGGCUGUCGAAACACGCAUGCGAAAUAAACCAUUACGAAGAAGUGAUAUGUGAAAACUCCUUAUUUGUUUUAUGUGGUCAUGACGCGAGUCAGUUUAAUAAAACAUUAUUGCCGAUAAUUUUAGGGCAUGUUCCAGCCGGGGCUUCUACAAAGACUCUGGUUCAUUAUGCCCAGGAGAUCAAAAGCGGUGGCCGGUUCCAGCAGUUCGAUUAUGGUCCCGAGGGAAACUUUAAGGAGUAUGGUAACAAUGUUCCCCCUGAGUACCCAGUGCAUAAAAUAACGUUGCCAAUUGCGCUGUUAAGCGCUGAAAAUGAUUGGCUAGCCAGUGACGAAGAUGUGACGAAUUUGUAUGUGCAUCUGACCAACCCUAUUGAGCACUAUGUCGUGCCAUUAAAACAAUUCAACCACAUUGACUUCCUGUGGGCCAUCGACGCUAAUAAGUAUGUUUACUCCAAGCUGUUAGAACUGCUGGAAGAAGGCGUCAGCAAAGUUGACUUUAAUCCAAAAGUAGACACAAAUGAAUUGAAUGACGACAAUGAAGUUGAUCAGACCUUUAUGAUCCCAUUAAAUACGUAAUUGUUUAAAAAAGUCCAAAAAUUGUCUGCCAUAACUAGGUAUGUUAACUUUAUUAUAAGUUCCUAAGUUGUAUUUAAUCUAGGUACUUACUUACUUUUAAAAUAAGUAAUUAUAAACAAUA